GAGCUGUAAGUAGCAGUAGACAUUUUCAAUAUUUUGCAUGAUAGUUUUGGAUUUCAUGCGUUUCUGUCAAGGCACAGCAACAUAGUUACUCUAAUCAGUUAUUUAAAAAUACACCAAACAUGAUGGAGGACAUGUUAGGUGCAGAUAUCUGCAGGGUAUGUCGGUCUGAAGGUCUUGCAGACAGACCGUUGUUUCAUCCAUGCAUUUGCACAGGCAGUAUUAAGUGGAUUCAUCAAGAAUGCUUAGUACAAUGGAUGCGUUACUCGCGCAAAGAAUAUUGUGAACUUUGUGGAUAUCGUUUUUCAUUUACACCAAUCUAUAGUCCUGACAUGCCACGCCGUUUACCAUUAAGAGAUGUUAUUGGUGGAUUAUUCUCAAACAUUGUCACAGCUGUCAAAUAUUGGCUACAUUAUAGUUUGGUUACAAUUGCGUGGCUUGGUGUUGUUCCAUUAACUGCUUGCCGAACUUAUAGAGCUUUAUUUAGUGGACCCCUAGAUAUGGUUCGAAUAAUGUCAUUACCAAUGGAUAUGUUGUCCGCAGAAAAUAUGUCUUCGGAUGUAUUUCAUGGCUGCUUUGUAGUUACUUGUACACUAUUUGCAUUUAUUGGUUUGGUAUGGUUGAGAGAACAGAUUUUACAUGCUGGUGGUCCUGAUUGGCUUGAAAGAGACAAUGUACAGUUACCUCCAGUUGAUAAUCCACCACAUGUGGAUGUUCCUGCACAGCAACUUCAAGAGCAAAUAGCUCUUCAGCAACCGGAAAUUCAAGAUAACAAUAACGUUCCACCUUUUGUUGAUGAACCUCCUGCUCUGUUAGCAAAUCCAAACAAUGACGAUUCUGGAAAUGCAGAAGGACAUAGAAUAGAGGAUAAUAAUUUAGUGGAUAAUCAGAGGAUAGAUAGAACCGAAGGGAUGGCCAGAGAUAUUGAACCACAAUUAGCUGUUAGAAAUGGAGAACAACAAGUAGAUCAACCUCCAAGAGACUUGGAACCGCCUGUAGCUCCCAGAGACAUAGAACCCUUGAUACCUCCUAGAGACAUGGAGGCACCUGUGCAUCCUAGAGACAUUGAACAACCAGUACCUCCUAGGGAGGAGUUGAGGAUAGAUGGUGAACAAGAAAAUGCAAGAGCUGGCGAGGGUUGGAGAGAUCAAGUUCAAGGUCAAGCACAAGAAGAAGCCAAUUGGAAUCCAAUGGAAUGGGACAGACCUGCAGAAGAGUUGACUUGGGAACGCCUUUUAGGUUUAGACGGUUCUUUAGUUUUCCUUGAACAUGUGUUCUGGGUUGUCUCUCUGAAUACUCUAUUUAUCAUGGUGUUUGCUUUCUGUCCUUAUCAUAUCGGUAGUUUUGCAAUAGCGGGAUUAGGAUUACAAGAAUAUGCAGCAGCAUCACAUUUCGAGGGAUUAGUAACUACAUUGUGUGGUUACUGUGUGAUUGGAGUCUGUUUGGUGGUUCUUCAUACACUCGCAGCACUGUUAGGUUUUCAACGUUCUCAGCGUAUACUAGGUUUAUGUUAUGUUAUAGUCAAAGUUUCUUUGCUAUCCGUUGUUGAGAUAGGUGUACUUCCUUUGGUCUGCGGCUGGUGGUUAGAUAUUUGUUCGUUAGCAAUGUUUGACGCUACCCUUAGAGAUAGAGAAUCCUCUUUCAGACUAGCUCCUGGCACUUCAAUGUUUAUUCACUGGCUAGUAGGAAUGAUUUACAUAUAUUACUUUGCUUCGUUUAUUCUAUUGUUACGGGAAGUGUUGCGGCCAGGUGUACUAUGGUUCUUGAGAAACCUAAAUGAUCCCGAUUUCUCUCCUAUCCAAGAAAUGAUACAUCUUCCAAUUUUAAGACACGUAAAAAGACUCGUGGGAUCCGCAGUUAUAUUUGGAACAGCCAUCUUAUUAAUGAUAUGGCUGCCAGUAAAACUUUUAAAAUGGGCAUGGCCAGGAUUUUUACCGUACACAGUGACUGUUCAAAGUGAAGCCCAGGUCAGCGAAUUUUCAUUAGAACUAUUGCUGCUGCAAGUUAUUCUUCCCGCAUUACUGGAGCAAACUCAUACACGCACAUGGUUAAAAGGUCUCAUCAGAGGCUGGUGUCGUGUAGUAGCCUGGAUGUUAGAUCUUCAGUCGUAUCUUCUAAGAGAUCAGACAGAGGAUCCAGGACCAGCGAUGAUUGUAGAGCCGCAACACCCUGAUUUGGGUGCUGCGCAUCAAGCAUUACUACAAAGAGAUGGACCAACAACAUUUCAACCAUACAUCAGACCACGCUGGUUCCCCGCUCGGCUGGUUGGUCUUUUGUUUUGCGUAUGCGUUUCUCUCGUUAUCGCCAGCUUGAUUGCAAUGACUCUUCCCGUUUGGCUUGGACGCAGAGUAAUGGCAUUGUGGAUGGUUGGAGCUCCUGCUCCGUCCCCACCAGUAUUACCGCCUACUUUAAGUGGAUCUGAAACAAAUGAAGCAGUAGUUGCAUUAUCUGGACGUGUACACGAAGUGUACACUGUCGCUUGUGGAACAUAUGUAUGUUGGGCCGCUGCAAGAGGAUUAGCUCUAGCAUUAUCUUGGCUACCACGUGGACGAAGAGCUGUAUUGGAAAGAGUCAAGCAUUGGGCGAUCAUAGGUGUUAAGGCGUCAGUUGCAUUUUUCCUACUUAUUGGUCUAAUACCGCUAUUGUUUGGUCUUCUUCUCGAAUUAGUUGUCGUAGUACCAUUGCGUGUACCGCUACAUCAGAAUCCAAUAUUGUUCAUCUGGCAAGAUUGGGCGUUAGGUGUGUUGUAUACAAAAAUAGCAACAGCUAUUACGCUGAUGGGACCGGAUUGGAGAAUUCGCAUGGCAAUCGAACGGGCAUACAAUGACGGCAUUAGAGAAAUAGAUUUAAAAUUCAUUGUGACGGAUUUGGCAGCACCAGUAAUAUGUUGCUUCGGUCUUGCUUUAGCAGUUCCGUACGCCGUGGCCUACGGAAUAGUCCCACUUUUAAUUACGAAUCUGCAAAUACAAAUUUUGAUCGCCAGACUUUUUUAUCCUUUUCUUCUGUUGGUGAACUUUGUGUGCAUUGUUAUAUAUUUCCAAAUUCGACAAUUUAAGAAGCUUUACGAACAUAUAAAAAAUGAUAAAUACCUUGUGGGACAGAGACUAGUGAAUUAUGAACAUCGGAAUAAAUCUCAGUCACAACAACAGCAGUCACAAGCGUCAAGCUAAAGCUGCUGGUAUAAUUCUUUUUCAGUGGUGAUAUAAGAUUAAUGAAAAUUUAUCUAACAUAAUUCUUUAUUGCAUAUAAAUAUUAACCGACAACUUAUGUUGAUUAGGCUUUCAUCUUUCCUAUAUUAAUUCAUCACUGUAGACGAUACUGAAGCAAUUAAAAAGACUGUUUGUCAAUGUAUUGCUUUACCAUCUGAUACAUUGCAGAUUGCCAAUAUUUUUUUAUCUUAAUUGCAAAAACAAAUCAUUUCAAAUAAAAAAAAACACGU